UCUGAAUGACAAACCAGUCGACAACAAGGAAUGAGGGUUCUGUAUCAAUUGAGACAAUAUUUACUAUUGCCGUUGUAGACCUUAAGGAAGAAGCAGAGGAAUAUGGAGAAGCAGUACUCGGUGCAAUUCUUUACCUCCUUCGUGGAGCAGCUUCAAGAUGUGUGUCGCAACUACCUCCAGUUCAGUCAGUUUGUGGAGGUCAGUGGCUAUGUGUGUGUGGAGAUCGACAACAUGAAGAAGGAGAGAUACGUCCUGAGUGAACUGCUACAGAGCAGUGGUAAUGUGGUUAGUGAGAGCUACUGUACAAAGUCAUUUGAGACUCGAGGAAACCGAUUUGCCUGUGGGGACUCAAUGGGCAUCUAUGAAACAAGUCUUUCUAACACUAGCAGAAACCCCCAAAAGAGAAAUGAACAAAGUCAAAUUAAUUCGAGAAGUAAACUGGUGACAAGACAAGAGGAGGUUCUGCAAACUUUUCCAAAGGAUUCUUCAUCUUCUUAUUCAAGAAGUCAUCAUGGUGUGAAUGCUAUGUCCACAUUUUGCAGUGACUUGGGACAGGAACAGAUGGCAGAAGAUACUGUGUUUGCCAAAUCAUCUUCUUACACAUCUGUUUCACUGUCUGGAACCAGUUGCAGAGCAGUCAACCCAGAACAAACAAUAACGCCUACAUCUGUGUUCACCAAUAUUUCUCCUUUUGGUAGAGAAAGAGUUGGACGCAACUCCAGAGAAAGUCAUGACUUUGUUUCUCCUAGUCCAUCUUCCUCAGCCUCAAGGUCAAGUUUCACUUUUGAUACUAUCCAAGAUGACACAGAGGAAGCCUCCGUAUCUGUUCCCCAGAGUUUAGGUGAAUCUGUGUCAGCGACUUUCAAAACGGAACCAGAGAUUGAGGAGGUGAUUGACUUGGAUUUGUUUGAGGAGGACCUGGAUGUGAGCCAGUGUGGAACCUUUGACUCCCAUCAAGGUGGAGGAUUUAGUGAGAACGGUCCAUCCAGUGCAUUUAUACCAAGGAAUCAUAAGAAGACAAAUCCAGGGACUUUGAAAGUAAUGAAAAGUUCCCUAAAACAGUUCAAAAGUUACUACCAUGAUAAAUAUGGCCAGGACAUUGAUCCUCUGGCAACAGAUCCAGAGGAACUGGAUCAGAUUCUUCUCGACUUCUUUCAAGGAACCAGGAAGAAGAACGGUACCGAGCCGAAUCCAGGAUCUCUGAAGACAAUGCAGGUGUUCCUCGAGCGCUACCUGAAAGAAGGGGGCUACCCUUAUUCGAUUACAAAAGAUGCACGGUUCAAGUCGUCCAGGAACUACAUCAAACAGAAAAUGGAGGAGUUCAACAGGAACAAGAUCGUGCAAAAACCCAUCCCAGUGGAUGACAAUGACAUUGAGAUCAUGUUCGAGAGGAAUGUUUUGGGUGGCUAUAAUUCUGAGUCUCUUCUCAACACUGUGUGGUUCCUGAAUUCGAAGUACUUUGGUUUAAGGGGAAUAGCAGAUCACUUCAAUCUGAAAUGGGGGGAUAUCAGACUGAAAGUUGACGACCAGGGUAAAGAGUAUGUAGAAAGGGCAUUGAGUACCAACUUCUGUCUCAAGGUGUUUGCCAAGCCUGACAACCUUGACCGGUGUUUUGUCGACUUCUUCAAACAAUAUCGGUCAAUGAGACCCAAACUAGCUAUGGAUGAUGGAUCUCCAUUUUACUUGAAGUCUGCUAAAAACAUACCCUUUGACAAAUGGUACCUUCCUGAGCCACUGGCAUGGUCUUGUUUUACAAAGCUUUGGAGAAAGAUGGUUUCAAACUCAGGCUUGCCCUUUCGGAAGAAAAUAUUUUGAAGGUACCUGUGUUGAAACUCUAGACAUGUUGAUGACAAAGGGUGUUGCAUGAACAAAAUACUUCAUGUGAAGCACCGCCAUAUAGCUGGAAUAUUGCUGAGUGCGGCGUAAAACUAGAUUAAACUGGCAUUAUGAUUACAGGUGACACGUUUCAAUUUCAAUGUUGUUAUUGAAUUUACGAUUAAAUAAACGUUUCAGUGCUUUUGUUCCCAAAUCAAUGAACCAGCAACACAAAAUAACAUUUGACGAUUGAAAAAUGUCUGAACUGAGUACUGUUUCCCUGUAUUUGUCAUGUUUGUUGGUCAUUUAGAACCUGGUUGAUGAUUGAUUGUUAUUUAAUGCCGCACUCAGCAGUAUUCCAGCUACCGUAUACCGGGAAAUUUUCAAGGUACUAAAAUUUCGAGGUU